AUGUCUCGGUACCGGUAUCUGUUAGACUUCUCGUCCAGUUCACUUUUGGGAUACUCAAGCAUCACAAUGCCACGGCGCUCCCAACACUCAAGCGGUACUUUGACCUGCUCUCACGAUGAUAACUUCGAGACAGACGCAUCCAGUUUCCUCUCGCAAGAUUUUGACAUCGAGAUUGAACCAUCAGAAGAUUAUGGUGUGGUCCAUGAUGAAGUCCAACAAGAUCCACGUAUUGGUCUGGCGUUGAAUGCAGACUUCGCCAACCCGACCUUAGCUGAGGGGCCGAUAGAUCUCUUAGCAGACGAAGAUGUACGCAUUGCACCAGUUCUACAGGAUCUCAUGUUCGACUACGCAGAAUACCUCUCACAAGCAGCAGUCAAGGCUUCGGUUGACGGUACUAGCACGUCUCCGUACGAUAACUCUGACAAGUACGAAACCGACAAUACCGAGACCAACUGGGACGAUCAGGAGGAUACACUAUUGGACGUUUAUGCUGGGCUGCACACUGACCUGUUUCAGUCUCAGAUUGGGAUGAGACACUCUUUCGAUGAGUUGCAAGUCUCGAAACCUGCUACAACGGCAGUCUUGAUACUUCAAAAGGAAAGAAAGCUGUCCAGCAUGCCUUACCUGACAAUGUCGCCCGUCAUACAGGUCGCUAUGUUUGAUUCGCAAAGCGUGGCAUUCAGCAUUCGAAUAACGGUGCACGAGCCGGCUGCCUCGUCUCAAAAUGAUUUUAACAGGCCAAAUCAUAAAUCGGUCGCCGACAAGGCUUGCGUCGUAGCUCCAAUAGUACGCACCGAGCUCAUCGACGCAGCUCACCUGCCCGGGAGCUUCCCUGACUUCCACAGGGCCACUGUGCCCAAAGGCUUACACAAGCUCGCAGGGGGACAAUCAUACGCCUGGCCACUUCGACCAGAAGACUCAGCAUCCAACAUCGUGGUCGCAGCAAAGCAUCUGAACAUAUCUCGUGCGAAAGCCUAUAGGGUCACGAAACGACUAGACCUUGGGUGUGAGCCCGAUGAUCUGCUGAAAUACGUUCCUGAGCAACUACAUAGUGACGUAAAAGAGUGGCUGCAGCAGGUCGAACUUGUGGAAUUUGAGGACGAGGAUCAUGAGACUUUCGUUGCCGCGCCGUCGUUCUUCACUUGGCUUGAGCACAAUUGCAUUGCUGAGCAUGUGCUGAAUACUAGCAUAGUGGUUGCGCUUGCCGCUGUUGCGCUUACCGGCCACAUAUAUUGGUGA